AUGAACCAAUCGUUGCUUUAUCAAGCUAAUUUGGUUUCAAUUAAUCAGGUUGAAGACGAAGAAACCAAUUUUAAUAACAGCGUAUUAGGUAUAUUAGGACAUUCACAUGAUAUACCUCAAAUUCGUUUGCGGGAACUCCUUAAUAGUAUAUCUUACAAUGAUAUUACUGAGAUUUGGGAAGUAUCGUAUAUUGCAUCGAAAACUUCCAAAUCACACUACGUUGUUAUACUUAAAGAUGUGACGUUACUUUGCACCUGUAUGUUUAUUGUCAAUCAAGGAAUGAUAUGCCGUCAUCAAUUCAGGGUGCUUAUUCAGUCAGACAACGUGAUAUUUCAUAUUUCACACAUUCAUACACGUUGGUUUAAUUUGAGUUCAGAUCCGCCUACCAACUCAACGGGUUUUAUUACGAUUGUAAAUGGUGAAAAAAAUCAUACAACGAUACCAUUGAGUUACAUGAAUCAAUUAAGAACAGAUAACGUAUAUACUCCAACAAUCAGAGAAAAGGUCAAUAAAAAAAUUCAAUAUGGCGCCACAAUGUCUAUAGCUAAAACGAGUAUUCAAAUCGCUGUUACGGAAGAUGUUACAGCUGAAUUAAUCAGAAUUUUAACGCAAUUUAUUAUGAAAUAUCGUAGAAGUAAUGGUUUAAGCAUUGAAAAGAGUACCGAAUCAUUACAGGAUUUGCAAGGAUCUUCUAUUCAAGAUAAUCCUCAACCUUUAUCCGUUCUUCCUGAUAUAUCAAAUCCUGAGUAUCACAAACCAAAAGGAUGACCUCCAAAGCGGUAUAAAUUGACAGUAGAAAAUAAUUGUAUUACAUCAGGAAAACCCGAUGAUGUAACAGUACAGAAAACAUGCAGUUAUUGCUCCGGAAAAGGUCAUAAUAUCCGUGGAUGUCCAAAAUACAAAGCUGAAUCAUCCGCCAACAAAGAAAACGAAUACUUAGUUUAGUUGGGUAAGACGGUUAAUAGUGUAAUAGUUAAUUGUUGUACAC